AUUUUUGACAAAUAAAGAAAGGACCAUCUAGCAACUAGCCUGCCUUCUUCCUGACUUUUGGUCCUAAAACAACACCCCACCUCACCCCCCUCAAUUUCAAUUUCAAUUCCAAUUCCAAUUUCUAGCUUGAUUCUCAUUCCACGCUAAUCUCAAUUUAAAUUUUCUCCCCCUUUUCUUCAUUAUCAAAUAACUGAAUUUGUUUAUUUAUUUUAUUCAUAUAUACAUACGUACAUUCUUACCAAAAUAUAUACGAAUAAUAAAUACAACCUGUAAACAAAUUUUCCAGAUUUGAUUCCCGGCUAUAAAAAAAGCUUCCUUCUUGUUAUUUUCUCAGCUUGCAGGCAGUUGAGUUUCAGUUGUUUAAGACAAAGUGGACUAACCGAUGGAUGUUAGAGAACUCAUUUCGUCGUUUGAUUAUCUCCUGACUACUCAAGAUCUUUAAACGUUGUUCGGAUUUUAAGAAACAACCUUCGUCACGUAGACCAGUUUUUUUAGUAAUCUAUGGGCGAGUGGGUGAUUGGAGCUUUUAUUAAUCUAUUUGGUAGCAUUGCCAUUAACUUUGGAACUAAUCUUCUUAAAUUGGGCCAUGAUGAGAGAGAAAGACAUGCAUUAUUAGGGGAAGGAAUAAAUGGAAAGACGAUAUUGAAGCCUAUUAUAAGCUUCCAGUCUUGGAGAAUCGGUAUUCUAUUUUUCGCUUUUGGAAAUGCUCUUAACUUUAUUUCGUUUGGAUAUGCCGCCCAGUCGCUUCUUGCAGCAUUGGGAUCUGUCCAAUUUGUGUCAAACAUCGCAUUUGCCUACGUUGUUCUGAACAAAACAGUGACUGUCAAAGUAUUAGUUGCCACAACUUUUAUCGUUCUAGGAAACACCUUCCUUGUUGCUUUUGGCAAUCACCAAUCCCCUGUUUACACACAGGAGCAGCUGGCAGAGAAAUACAGUAACACUACCUUCCUUUCUUACUGUCUACUAUUGGUGCUUGUGGUUAUCUUGCAUCAUUAUGUAUACAGGAGAGGAGAACAGUUGCUUGCUAUUCCAGGGAAGGAUCUUAAGACCUACUGGAAGUUAAUGCUUCCUUUUUCAUUCGCUGUAGUUUCAGGAGCCAUUGGAUCAUGUUCAGUUCUCUUUGCAAAGUCUCUUUCAAACCUUUUAAGAUUGUCCAUGUCAAGUUCAUAUCGUCUGGAUAGCUGGUUCACGUAUUCGAUUCUUUUAAUGUUUCUAUGCACUGCUGGAUUUUGGAUGGCAAGGUUGAAUGAAGGAUUGUCUCUGUAUGAUGCAAUACUUAUAGUACCUAUGUUUCAGAUAGCAUGGACCUUUUUUUCAAUUUGUACUGGAUUUGUGUAUUUCCAGGAAUAUCAGGUAUUCAAUGCCUUGAGGACUGCGAUGUUUAUUAUGGGAAUGAUUUCAGUAUUUAUUGGAAUUUCAUUGCUGGCACCUGAUGAAUCGAAAGGAGAAGCCAAGGAAAGUCCUUUAUCGUCUGUAUCUUCCUCAAACAUCAACUCUGAUGUAGAAAGGUUAACCAAGCCGAUUGAAGACUCACCAAUCAAGGAUAUGAAGUCGCUUUUACGAGCAAUGUCAACGAAAGUCUCAGCUGCGGUUGUCAGGGCAAAGAGUACAUGCACAUUGUUGAUGGGUAUGGGAGAUGAUACAAUGCAUGCUUCCUCGGUUUUUGCAAUGCCCAUGGUCUCUUCAAAAAUGACGGGAUUCAGAGGAGUCAGUAAUGACCGAUCAAAGUUGUUGUCGUUAAGAAGCCCAUCAGGCUGGAGUAGGAUUCCAGUUGAGGAAAAUGUAAAUAUGCUGGAUACUACUUCAAGCGAAGAGGAUUAGUGUAUGUAUGAGACUCAUUGAUACUCCUUUAUGAAAGGAGUAUAUGUUUGUAGUAAAUCGGGAAGAAGAGGAAAGUGCCACUGCCACUGUUGUAUAGUUGUUUGAUUGGAUUGGAUUUGGAUGUAUAUCUUUGGAUGAUUCUUAAAAUUCUUUAGUUUGCCAAUUGUUGGCUGCAUUUUAUACAUGGGUUUUGCCAACUUGUGAUCUAAGGACACAUAUGUUGGACUUUAUUUA